AUGAGUCUGAGCCCUGACGAGACAAAGCCUGGUGCUCCUUCGGAAGAACCACCCGCUACCCUGAACGACGACGCCGGGACCCGUAGCGGGAACGGAAAUCCCCCAGAGGAUCCACGCGACAACGAGCGCCACGGCGACCACGCGAGUUCCCGGCAGUGCGGCGAUUUCUCCAGCAGUUCUGGAACGCGACACGCCAUGCUCGACCACACGUACACACAAGCGGUCGAGAAACCGUACCGCUGCGCCGUGUGCGGCGAAGCGUUCACCCGAAAGGAGUACUUCCAGAAACACGGCUGCACCCCCAAGGAACACAAGCCGCGCCAGUGCGACCAGUGCGGCCGCCGAGGGUGCGCUUGUCGCCGGCAAUACCUCGCGAGGUACGCUCGCGCGCGUCACACGGGGGGCGAAGAAAAGCCGCACAAGUGCUCCUUGUGUCCCGCGUCGUUCAACGACAAGAACUCCCUCAGCCGCCACGUCCUGACGCACACCGGCGAGAGACCGCACCGGUGCGUCACGUGCGGCCAGUGCUUCCGGAUGCCUCACCACCUCGCGUACCACAUGCGGGUGCACACGGGCGAGAGGCCCUACAUUUGCCGAGCGUGCGGUAAGAGCUUCUCGCAGAUCAACAGCCUCAAGGCCCACCACCGCACGCACACCAAGGAGAAGCCGUACGCCUGCCCCGUGUGUUCGACCGCCUUCGCGCGGAAGGACCACCUGAGCAGCCACAUGCUGAGGCACACGGGCGAGAGGCCCCACGAGUGUCACACAUGCCACAAGAGAUUCUUUGAGCGGUCCGUCGCUCUGAGGCACGUGAUAGCGCGACACUGCGUCGAUAGCUCCGGUGCGGAGGACGUAGCCGACGAGGACGUCGACGAACCUGCAACAACGCCUCAGCAAGAAGCCGCGAGUGCCCCUGUGUGAAAACAGCCAGAACUGUCCCAGCAGCCGCGCAUCAGCUUCGGGUGGGGCUUGUGACGUAGUCUUAAGUCUACUACACUUCUUUGGCAUCUAGUUGACAUUCCCCUUCAGAUUGUCGGCGUGAAAGCCGAUAUAUACCUCACGAUUCUGCGCACGGAAUGUAUAUGUAUACGCACUACCGCUCGGGAAGUUCCCCUUGAGAAAUUUUUAUCAGCUUUUCAUAGGAUCUAGAUUCUAAGUUAAUGUCUUGCCUUUUUCUCCAUAACCUGCUUGUAUUCCUUUCUUGGCGUUCAAUGAUUGCCUGUUAGCGCAGUUUUGCCUACGGACAGCGUUAAGGAAAUAAACUUUUCG